UUAACUCAAAUGAAAAUGUAAAUAUAUAUUUGUUUGUUUACUGUUUUAGGAAAUCUGAAGCUCUAAAUUGACCAAUCACUAAUUAGUAUGAACACUGAAAGCCAAGCUCAAAGUAAAGCCGCAGAAGCCCACCUUCAGAAACAUGUUUCUACUUGUAAGAAAAACCCAGGCCACACAAGCUUUACACCUAUUUUACUGUUUUCUUUAGAGCAUCUACCAGAAAGUCACCAAGACCUAAACGUGUACAAUUUAAUAAAGGCUCAGUCUGACCUUACGGUGCGAGUCCACGUCGACAUGAUCAGUCCCCACAGACCUACGUUUUGGCCAGGGACAGAUAAAUCCUAUCCUGGUCAUAACACGAGAGGGGAAGCGACAAACUCCCUUACAGGAAGUGGGGUGAUCAGUGCCGUGGUACAGUUCACGGACACCUUCUAUACCUACAUAGACACGCCAUGGAAGAUGCAAUGCUGGUGCUCCUCCUGUGAAGUGUCUGGCUCGCCCAGCAAUGUCUGGUGGGAGUUUGAAGUGCUCACUGCUGCCCACGUCGUGUUUGACCAACACGAAGCCGAGCACACAGUCCUAAGAUUAUUUUACGACGCUGAAGAUAGUCCUAAAGUCACUGUAGAUAAGGUCAAAGUUCAAGUUGUGAACAUCCGUCGAGACUUCUGCAAAUUGAAAGGCAUAACAUGCGAUCAAAAUUUGGCAGAGAAGCUAAUGCACCAUUGGGAGAAUUUCCUUUAUUUCUGGGAAAAAGUGAAUAAAAAAUAUAAGAGGUCCAGAGACAUUUUCAGGUUGACAAUCAUAGUAUCACAUCCGCAUGGCUGUUCCAAGCAAGUCAGUGUAGGCCACUGGAAGAAAAAAGUCAAGUUAGAUCGAAAGAACUUUACAAAAUUUGCCUACACCACAAGUACAUGUCCAGGAAGUAGUGGAGCCCUAGUACAUUGUGUAGGAUACAGUAGAGCCUGGUGGUGGGACCAGCUCGUCCAUAGAGAAAGUGAUCUGUUAGGAUAUAAUAUUAGUAACAUCGCUCAAGUGUUGUAACGGAAACAAACAAUUCUUGUUUUACUUAUUGAAGCAGGAAAACAUAGACUAUUAGCAUCGCUUCAUUCAAAGACUCUUAAAUAUUCAUGUUUAUUCUAAAGUUUUAAGUCCUUAUAUCAAGAAACGAACAUAAUUAAAAAUAGUUGAUUUGUGUGAUUGUUUUUCUUACAAAUGUUCAAGUUCACAGAUAUUUUUUUAAUUGUGUAAGAUAUAACAAUGUUGAGUUAAAUGGUUAAGCGCUUAGCCUUUAAACCUGGGGUCCUUGGUUCGAAUCUCAGUGAAGACUGGGAUUUGACAUUUUGGGAUUUUUAGGGGGCCCCUGAGUCUAAUGGGUACCUGACUUUAUUUUGGGGAAAGUAAUGGCGAUAGGUCGUUAACCGUUGGCCAAAAAAAAAAACAGAUGACCUUAACAUCAUCUGCCCUAUAGAUCGCAAGGGCCUGGUGGUGAGGCCAUCCCUUAAAGAAAGUCAUCUUGUAGGAUAUAACAUUUUUAAUCUGAAAGGGGAAAUUUACUUUAACAAUAGUGAUCAUUGUCACAUCCUUUGUAGACACCUCAAUGUCGCUCACAUAAUGUAGGUCAGUGUGUCAGCCUUCAAAUUACGUAACACGUUUUGACACUUGAUAGAAAACUAGUUCAAGGCUACAGCAGGGAAAUAUAAUUCAAUAUAGACAAAGACAAAGAAAAAUAAUAAAUAAAAGCCAAGUUAAAGGUUGUGGAGUUGACAUCACGUGACGUUAACGGAAGCUCAUGUGGGGAGGAGUAGGCUUGGAAAUAUUGGUUUGAACGUUAAAUUUUAAAGUGGCUAGUUUUAAAGUAAAAAGUUAGUUAGUUUACUUUUCUUUAUUAUUGUAUUUACUUUGCACGUGAUCUGUAUAUAUAUAUAUAUAUUUAUUUUUUUUUUUCAAGUUUAAGUUUAGAAUAAUUAAACUCGGGAAAUAUA